AUGUCGAGUUUGUCACCUCAGAGUCCGGAGGCUACCAACAUGGUGCCCAGACCCAGCGAUGUGUUCGCUGAGCCUCCGGCUUUCGUUCCGGACGACUCUGAGCCUCUCGACUUGAUUUCUUUCAUGGCCCUUGAGGAGGCCGACGUCCCCGUGGAUGGAGGGACUCAAACCGAGGUCCCCGGGGUUGAAGGGACUCGAACCGAGGGCGAGACUGCGGAUCCCACCGACAAAGCUCUCAAGCUUGAGCGUUUUUCGGGUGCUCCCAAGACUAUAGGCCUUGUGGAAUGGCGCCGUCGUUUCGUGGCUCUCUCUGCGGCUCGCCGCUGGUCGUGGCCUAUGGUCGUGGCCAAGCUCAAGGCCUUCUUGACUGGUCCUGCGGCCCGCUUGAUUGACGUUUACCAGUUGCCUCAGGACCCUAAGGCGGCCGUCGAAGCUAUUUGGGCGGCCCUUGACAAGGCCUACGGCCUGACGGUCCCUCAGGCCCUCGCUAGGCUGCGUUCUUGCACCUACGACCCCGCUGUGCCUGGUCCGUCGGUAGACGAGCUGGCGGCCAACAUCAUCGAGUGGUGUACCGUGGCCUGGGCCUUCCUUGAUCCUGUCCACCGCGAUUCUGUUGCGGCCAGUCUUUUUUGGGCUAGUCUCCCUAAGACUUCGCAGACCAAACACAUCUACGGGCAACUUACGGCUGGUAAGGCACCGGGGUCCCUUACCUUGGUUGCCUCGGUUGAGGCCGCUCGUCCUCUUUUUGAAGAGGAGCGUGAUGAGGUCACUGAGUUAAGUAUGGUUGGCACCUCGUCCACCGGCCCUGACCGGUCUCGCGGCCAUGCGCCCCCAUUUUCUCGUUCCUCUUCUCGGAGCUCACACCCCUACGGUGCCGGCCAUCCUCGCGGUCGCCGCCAUGGCUCGGGUAAGGGCCACGGACGUGCCGGCGCUCCUACCGAGCUGAAUCAGCUUGCUACCAUGCUUAAGUCGCUUAUGCGUUCGCAGCUGCCCAGUUCGCGAUCGUCGUCGACUCAGGCUGAUCGUAAGUGCUUUGCUUGUGGGGACAAGGGGCACCUGGCUAAAGCGUGCCCGCGCGUUCAACGCAGUCAGGUAGGGGGCAUGGUUGUCCUUCGCUGCGUGGGCGACUCGCUUUUGUUCCUUUUAGACACCGGAUGCUCCCUAACCCUCGUUACUCGUUCCGCUGUAAGCCGGCUUGGAGCCGCGUCUACCUGUUCGAGGGGUUCCCGUCCGUUGUACGGGAAUGCAUCUGUUAUCCAUGGCAUUGCUGGAGUUGCUACGGGUACGGCUUGCGUUGGCGAGUUUCACAUGGGGUUGGGCGGGGUCACCCUCAAUCGGGUACUCUUGCUGGACCGUGACCUGCCUACGAUAGGGGGUCUGCGUAUCGAUGGACUGCUUGGUAUGGACUUCGUCCGUGCCUGCGGCUCUCUUACCUUGUCCUUUCCUCCGGACGGAUUUCCCGUCUUGCGGGUGCCAUCUUUUGUUCACCUUCCCUCCCUUUCUCCCCCCUCGUAUACUCCGUUGGUUGGGUGUACAGCUAAGACACCAGUGCUGUCCCGGGAUUAUGGCGUACAGGUUACGGAUGGCAUCGAUUGUCCCGUCUCUCGGUUGCACGAGCUGGGUUCCUUGCGCAACGGCGACGGCGGUCAGUUUGUUGUCAGUGACCUUGUGGAAACUGGCGAUUUUGUCCUCCGCCAGCUAACUUCCACAGAUCGGAGUUCGUCCGUGUCGUCAUACUGGGAGGUGGAGUGGAAAUGGCUUUCGGGCAUACCUUCUCGUCAUCUCAUGCCGCCAGAUUAUGGUACAUCGAAGUUUGACCAGCGCCUGAUUGGUCUUUGGCAGGCUGCCAUCGACGAGUGGAUUGCUGAGGGUUGGCUUGUGCCUACCCCCUUGUGCGACCUUCGGGCCACCAGUCCACUUCUUCUGAUCCCGCAAGAGCAUAAGCCAUCCACUCCUGUGCGCCCGGUUAUCGACCUAAAGUGGCUCAAUGACCGCAUUAGCAGCUAUCCUAAUGAGCUGCGUGCGGGCCCGGUGGAGUGCCCCUCGCACAUCCGCCGUUGGCGUGCUUUUGAGGCACCUCUCGAGGAGCUACGUCUGCUGGACCUGCGCAAAGCGUUUCUCCAGAUCCGCCUGAGCCCUUGCCAGACCUUUUUCGUCGGUCUCCGCCUUCGUUGGAAGUCGCCGGAAGGCUAUCGGAUGGUACGCCUUCCCUUCGGCUUGGCCAUUUCCCCGAAGGUGCUGGAGGUUGCGCUGGAUAGGACUCUUUCCCCUUAUCAGGGGCUCCUCGACAAAUAUCUCGAUGAUAUUAUCCUUCCAGCUAGCCUUGUGGAUCAGGUUCGCGCCUCUCUGCUGGCGAGCGGCUUCCCGACUAAGCCUCCUGAGGUGUUGCUCGAGGCACGAGUCCUUGGUUUGCAGUGCUCUCGGGAUGGGCGUUGGCGUCGUCGCGGCCCAGUACCUCGGCUCGAAGUUUUCACCCGACGUGGCGUUCAUGCAUGGGCGGGACGCUUCGUUAGUCACUAUCCGCUGGUCGGGUGGGCUCGGCCGGCCUUCUCCGCGUUGAAGCGUUUGGCGUGCGUUCGUCAUGACGGUUCCAAAUCGCUCUGGGACGAGCCUUUGGAACCGCAUGUCUUGGAGGCCUGCCACGCCCUCCAGCGGGAUAUUGACGCACGUGGGGAUCCGGUGGGCGGCUAUUGGCGUUACGACCGUACUCGGCCUUGGCGACUUUUUACUGACAGCAGUAAGUUUGCCUACGGUACGGUCUUGUGCAUUGGUGAUAUUGUGGUCGAGGAUUCCACCCACCUUCGUCGCGUGGGCGAUACGAGGCAUAUAAACCUUGCGGAGCUCGAUGCUCUCGUGAAGGGCUUAACUUUGGUGGACCGUUACAUCCGUGCUUUGCGUUGGACGGAUCGACUCUCACUCACAAUCUGCUGCGACAACCGCAGUGCUGUCUCGUGGGUCACACGCCACCUGGAGAAGCACUGGCGUUCCGUCUCCGGUCUUCAUGCUACCUUGGUCGAGCAUCGCCUGCGUACCUUACGUGACUUGGUCACCCAGUUGCGCUUGGACGUGUGUGUCGAGUAUGUCGCCAGUGACGCUAAUAUCGCGGAUCCUCUGAGUCGCAUUCCGCUGUACUGUGCCCCCCGUCCCGAUGCUUUCGGCGUUACGGCAUCUCUCGCUGUCCCUGCUCUGGCCAGUCCUGCCCGUGAUGCCGAGGGCCGCCUUAUCAUCACUACUACUGCGGAGUUAGAUCCUCUGGCGUCGGAGCUUCAUGACCAUGAAGGUUCUCAAAGCCUCUUCGGAAGGCUACGUGAGUUGGUCUCCUUCCCCGAUCUGCGUGAGUAUUGCCGCAACUUUGUGCGGAACUGUCCAGAUUGCGGCCUUGGGAAAGUUACCGUGUCGGCCGCUGUUGAGGCUGGGAUACGCCCGACCACCAUUACUCCACGGGCUUCCGAGCCUUGGCAAAGCGUGCAUACCGACGUGGUUGGCCCUUACAAGGACAGUCAACUCUACGUUGUUACCCUGAUCGACAACUACAGUGGUUACCUACUAACUCGGGUUACACGUUCUAUGCCUACGGGUCAAGUUGCUGCAUCACUCCUUAGGGACGUUUUAGAGCGCUUCAAUACGCUCCCUCGGACUGUGCAUCACGACGGUGGCUCCCAGUUUACUUCGGUCGAGUAUCUCACCGCGUUAACAUGGGCCGGCUGUCGUGGUUGCCGGUCCCCUGUGAACAGCUCUUGGACGAACGGCAAGGUGGAGCGGGUGCACCGCGUUUUGAACGACCGCAUACGGUCAUCGGUGGCUUCUGGUCUCACUUUCGUCGCCUUCAAACAUCUUGUGUCCCGGGCGACUCUGCGCUACAACACGGCUCCGGUUCGUCGCUACGGUUUGAACCCCCAUCAGCUCAUCUUCACUUUUCCUGCGUGGCCGUAUCCUGGUGUUGACGGCUCCUACCGUCCCGAGGUUCCUGCUGAAGUUUCUGCUGCUUCUUCGUCAGUCACUACUCCCGGCGUGGCGCGUCGUCCUCGGGUUCCUAAAGUCGGUGAAAUAUGGUUAUGUCGCCGUUUUGGCCACCUCAAGAAGUAUACUCGACCAUUCGAACCAUGUCUCAUUACUGCUCAGCUUUCUGACAAAGUUUUUCUUACCCGUACAGUUACCGGACGUAAGUCCCGUCCAACUCAUUUACAUCAUCUUAAGUAUAUCUCACCGACUGCUGCUUCUCGUCUCGAUUUGGGGUCCCUUCUCUCCCCCGGGGAGGGGGGCGUGUAG